CGCUGUAGAUCAGUCUUACCUUUACCUCCACUUGCGCUUCCAUGAUCAUCCAUCCCCCUCUACAGUCUGCCUGCAAAACCAUUGUAUGACCCCGACAUUUUCCUUCCUAUCCCGUCCCCGCCGUUACAGAUUCAGAAAAGUACCGCGAGCGGUCUUAUCAAUCGACAACUUCCUUUUCCUGGUGUUCAUUCCGCGAGAGCAAAUUGAGAGGUUCAAUGGACUGGACCUAGGCUCCCUCCAAAGCGGAAGGUGGCCGUCUGCACCAUGCCCCGGAUCUUCAAGCAAGCUGCAGCAAACAUCGAUAGCCCGUAUUGCUUCACUGCGAUAAGCUUGCGCACAAGAGCACGUUUACGGCAGGAGCGGUCAUCGCCCAAGAGCGGAUGACGCCCGCAGCCAGUCAUCGCCGUAGAAUGUGUACUCUGCAUGAAACAUACGGCAAGCCGGCGUACUUACUGGACGAAUGACCAUGCACUGUAGCGCUCUAUAAGAUCACUAUAUUAAAUGGCAACAGCAAUUCCAAUGUGGCGGGUGCGAACUUCCUGGAGGCGGCAUUGCCCCGUGUGGCAUUAAGUCUAGUUUGGCAGGUGUUGAAGCUCGCGGCGAUAUCCCACGAAAUAUAGCAUGUUCGCCCGAUUGCGACAGCGCCGGUGGUGUCCAUUAUAAGUAUCUGCCUGGGCAACGUCAAUCGUCUGUUCUUCCACAUCGCCCCGUGGUCUGUCGCUUUCUUCUCGGUUUCAACAUGAAAUUCCUUGCCGUAUCUCUGGCCACCAUCGGCCUGGCUUCUGCCGCCGCCGUUGAGUCCAAAGUCGACUACUCUGGCUGGAAAGUCUUCCGAGUCAACGUUGGCGAAGACUCAACCAAGCUUGCCAGCAUCGUUGAUACUUUGCAACUCGAGACAUGGAAAGGCAAGGUUGCGACUAGCAAGGUCGUCGAUCUCGUGGUCCCUCCCACGCAGAUUGAAGAGUUUGAGGCUUCAGCCAAGGACAUCAACAAGGAGGUGAUGCACGAGGAUCUUGGCGCUUCAAUCGAAAGUGAGGAGAUCAUUGAGACUUAUGCUGCUGCUGCUGCCGCCGCCGCACCAAAUGCGACUUGGUUCAAUGCCUACCACUCGAUUGCGGACCACACCCAGUGGAUCAAGGAUCUCGCCGCUGCCUACCCCAGCAACGCCGAGGUAAUCUCAGCCGGAAAGUCUUUGGAAGGCCGUGAUAUCACUGGCAUCCAUAUCUGGGGAGCUGGUGGCAAGGGUUCUCAGAAGGGAGUUGUCUGGCACGGCACCGUGCACGCCCGUGAAUGGAUUACCACCAUGGUUGUCGAGUACGCAGCCUACCAGCUCCUUACAUCGACAGCGGAUGCCGCGCUCAAAGACAAGUUCGACUACUACAUCUUCCCCAUUGUGAACCCAGAUGGCUUCGCAUACACCCAGACCACCAACCGUCUUUGGCGCAAGAACAGACAGUCGACGACCUCUGCUAGCUGCGUCGGUCGCGAUAUCAACCGAAACUGGCCUUCCCACUGGUCUCAAUCCGCCGGUGCUUCCACAUCUCCUUGCGCCGAGGAUUACAAGGGCGCGUCUGCUGGUGAUGCCGUCGAGAACAAAGCACUCAAGGCUCAGCUCGACGGAGUUGCGGCGGGCAAGGGUGUCGCCUUCUACUUGGACGUUCACUCCUAUUCUCAGCUUUGGAUGUAUCCGUACGGUUACACCUGCUCUGGGACGAUCCCAGAAUCUGCCAAAUACUCAUCCAUUGCCCGAGGUGCUGUUGCUGCUGUCAAGGCUGUGCACGGCACGACCUUUACUCAGGGACCAAUCUGCUCGACAAUCUACCAAGUGUCUGGUUCUUCGGUUGACUAUGCGUACGAGACGGCCAAGGCGAGUUACUCGAUGACAGUCGAGCUCCGUGAUACCGGUGCCAACGGUUUCGUCCUUCCAGCUGCACAGAUUGUGCCUAGUGGAGAGGAGAUGUGGGCCGGAUUGGCGUACGUGUUGAAGAACAUCUAA